AUGACUCGGCCAACGCUCGACAUCGUCCUCCAAAACAACACAGGCUCCUCCAACGCCUUCGCCCAUGUAACCGGCCUGGACCUCAACCGGAAUAACGCCGUCUUCCUCCUCCAGGCCGACGGCAUCACGGGCUACUACCCGACGUCGCCCUCGGACAUCCUCCAGCCACUGCAGACGGACUGCGCCAUCUCCCUCGGCGCGCCGGGGUCGACGCGCAUGGUGACGAUCCCCCAGAUCGCCGGCGGCCGUAUCUGGUUCUCACGGGACGGCCCGCUCAAGUUCCUCCUGAACCCGGGCCCGGCCGUGGUGGAGCCCUCGGCCACCAACACGACCGACCCCAACUACAACCUCAACUGGGGCUUCUGCGAGUUUACCUUCAACAGCUUCCAGGUGUUUGUCAACAUCUCGUACGUCGACUUCGUCAGCAUCCCCGUCUCCCUGACGCUCGAGAACGACGCCGGCAAGGUGACGACCGUGCCCGGCUUCCCGCCCGACGCCCUCGACGCCAUCUGCGACCGCCUCCGCGCCCAGGACGCCGCCGACAGCGCCGGCUGGUCAAGGCUCAUUGUGCGCACCCCCGACGGGUCGGCAAACCUGCGCGCCCUCAGCCCCAAUUCGGGUAUCGUCAUGCAGCCGGGCCUGUUCCAGGGGUACUACCAACCCCACGUCGACGCCGUCUGGCACAAGUACCGCGGUGCCGAUCUCACGGUCAACACGCAGGCCGAGUGGGGCAACGUCAAGGGCCGCGUAGGCUCCGACAAUCUGCUGUCGUUCGGCGACGUCGGGUCGUUCGCCAAGCCGAGCGCGCGAGACAUAUUCAGCUGCAGCACGGGGCCAUUCGGCGGGUACCCCAAGAACCAGGCCCAGAUGGGCGCCAUCGGGGCGCGCAUCGCGGCGGCCUUCAACCGGUCGACGCUGCUCGUCAACGACCAGCAACCCGAGGGGGAGAGCGUGGCCAACUAUUAUUACAAGGAUGCGCGGACGAACCACUACUCGCGCAUCUGCCAUGAGAUCAGCCCCGACGGCCGCGGCUACGCGUUCCCCUACGACGACGUGGGCCCGGCCAGCGGUUCCGAUCAGUCCGGAUCGCUCUUCGACUCCAACCCGAAGGUUCUGACGAUCGGGAUUGGCGGCGGCGUGGGAAACGCGGCUUCGGUGCAAGAGGAGCUGUAG